AUGGCCAACUUUCGAGUGUCGCCAUUGAUGACGCUCCUCGGAGCCGUCUUCUUCUUUUCGACCAAUGUUUUCGCAGUUGCUGCCGUAUUGGGCGUCGACCUGGGUACUGAGUACAUCAAGGCCGCCCUCGUCAAGCCUGGAAUCCCUCUCGACAUCGUCCUGACCAAGGAUUCGCGCCGAAAAGAGACCUCCGCUGUCGUCUUCAAGCCCUCUCGCAAUGGCCCCCAGGCUGGCGAGUUCCCUGAGCGAGCCUAUGGUGCCGAUGCCAUGGCUCUCCGGGCUCGAUUCCCCGGCGACGUCUAUCCCAACCUGAAGACCAUCCUCGGCCUCUCCGUCGACGACGCCGUGGUGCAAGAGUACGCCUCCCGAAACCCCGCCCUGCAAUUGCAGGCCCACGAGACCCGCAACACCGCUGCAUUCAAGAGCAAGGCGUUCACUGCUGAGGAGGAGGCAUGGAUGGUUGAGGAGCUUCUCGCCAUGGAGCUUCAGAGCAUCCAGAAGGCUGCCGAGGCUGCGGCCGGCGACAGCUCCUCUGUCCGAUCCAUUGUGGUCACCAUCCCUCCCUUCUAUACCAUUGAUGAAAAGCGUGCCAUCCAGACCGCCGCCGAUCUUGCCGGCCUCAAGGUCCUUAGCCUUAUCAGCGACGGUCUUGCCGUCGGCCUGAACUACGCCACUAGCCGACAGUUCCCCAGCAUCAGCGAGGGAGCCAAGCCCGAGUACCACAUGGUCUUUGACAUGGGUGCUGGCUCUACCAAGGCUACCGUCAUGAAGUUCCAGAGCCAGACCGUCAAGGACAUUGGCAAGUUCAACAAGACCGUCCAGGAGGUCCAGGUCUUGGGUGCUGGCUGGGACCGCACUCUUGGCGGAGACGCCUUGAACCACCUCAUUCUCGACGACAUGGUCGCGCAGUUCCUCGAGUCCAAGGGCGCCCAGAAGAUUUCUGCUACCGCCGAGGGUGUCAAGGCCCAUGGCCGUGCCAUCGCCAAGCUGUCCAACCAAGUCGAGAAGGUUCGCCACGUCCUGAGCGCCAACCAGAACACCGGAGCCAGCUUCGAGGGUCUGUACGAGGAUGUCGACUUCAAGUACAAGAUCAGCCGUGCUACCUUCGAGGAGAUGGCUGCGGUGCACGCCGAGAGGAUCGCCGCCGUUGUCAACGACGCCCUCAAAAUGUCUGGUCUCGACAUUGGUGAUCUCGACUCUGUUAUCCUUCACGGUGGUGCCACGCGAACUCCGUUUGUGCAGAAGGCUCUCGAUACGAUUGUUGGCUCCGCUGAUAAGAUCCGAUCCAACGUCAACUCUGACGAAGCCGCCGUUUUCGGUGCAGGCUUCCGCGCUGCCGAGCUCAGCCCCAGCUUCCGAGUCAAGGAGAUCCGAAUUUCCGAGGGCUCUUCCUACUCUACCGGCCUGAAGCGAGUUGAGACUGACGGCAGCGUUGAUCGCCAGCGCUUGUGGAGUGCCAUCUCGCCCCAGGGUGGCUCCAGGGUCAUCGCCUUUGACGACAAGGAGGACUUUGCUGCCAGCAUCUACCAGCAGGUUGGUUCUGAAGAGAAGAACGUCAAGGCCCUUGCUACCAAGAACCUAACUGCGACCGUGGCCUCCAUCAAGGAGAAGUACCCUACAUGUGUGGAAUCAGACAUCAAGUUUAAGAUCGCAAUGGAGCUCAGCCCUGAGAACGGCGAGUUCCGGGUUGCCAAGGCCAUUGUCGAGUGCAUGGCCGAGCCUACUGAGAAGGGUUUUGUUGAUGGCGUCAAGAACCUCUUUGGCUUCGGAAAGAAGGAUAAGGAAGACCAGAAGCCUCUUGGUGAUGGCGAGACCGAAGGCUCUGAGGAGGUUAUGAAGGAUGAUGCCGCCAAGAGCUCUUCUGCUUCUGACGAAUCCGCUGAGUCUUCUACUGCCUCUGAGGCCGCGCCUGCGGCUUCCGAGGGCGCCGAGGACGCAAAGGCCGAUGCCAAGAAGAAGGAGGUGGUCUCUAUCCCCGUUGAGGUGACGCUCGAGAACCUCGGCACUCCUGAUCUGACCAAGGCUGAGCUCGUCAAGGCCAAGGAUCGCCUCAAGGCUUUUGCCGCCUCAGACAAGGCGCGCCUCCAGAGGGAGGAGGCCCUGAACAAACUUGAGGGCUACACAUACAAGGUCAGAGACCUUCUUGAAGACGAGUCCUUCAUUGCGGCGUCAACCGAGAAGGAGCGAACCAAGCUCGCCACCUUGUCCAGCGAAAUCAGCGAGUGGCUCUACGAAGACGGAGCCGAUGCUACCAAGGACCAGCUCAAAGCCAAGCUCAAGGUGCUUCAGGACAUUGCCAACCCCGUUCAGAAGAGGAUUGUAGAGACUGAGAAACGACCUGACCUCUUGUCCAACUUGAAGACUGUUCUUUCCAAGACGGAUGAGUUCAUUGUCAAGAUCAAGUCCCAGAUUGAAGAGCAUGAGGCAUGGCACAAGUCCGCCUCGGAAUCUCCCGCUUCAUCGGAGUCUGCCUCUUCUAGCACCACCGAAGCAUCAGCCGAGACACCAGCUGGUGAUUUUGACGGGCUCGAGGAUGAGGACGCAGCGGCGACGGCCCGCAAGAUGGAGGAUGUUAUCAGGGAGAAGGGACCCAUUCCCCCUCUGUACACUCUUGAGGAUCUGACGGAGGUUACGGAGCUCUACGAGUCUACUACGAGGUGGCUGAAGAGAUUGGAGCCCAAGCAGGCUGCCCUGAAGGUUACCGAUGACCCCGUCCUCCUGAUCAAGGAUAUUGAGGCCAAGACAGUGAAGCUGGAACAGGCAGGCAUCCAGGUGGCGAUGAAGGCCGCUAAAAAGGUGGAGGCUGAGGCUAAGAAGGCCAAGAAGGCUGCUGCCGCGAAGGAGAAGAAGAACAAGAAGAAGAGCAAGGUGCCCGGCGCGGAUGAGAAGGUCGAAUUCAACGCCGAGGACUUUAUGAAGCAGUUCGGAGGCAAGGACGGCGAGGGCCCCACGGAGCAGGAGCUCGAGGAGAUUAUCAAGAGGCUGCAGGAGAACCAGAAGAAGUCGGACGAGAAGGCGGAGGAGAAGGAUGGCGGCGAGAAGCAGCCUCCCCACGAUGAGCUGUAG